GCAAAGUUUGUGUUUGUAAAUAUUUUUGUUGAAAAUAAAAAAUGCAACGAGUAAACGUUUCACUGUGCAUAAAAAACUUUGUAAAACUAUCUCGCAUUCGUACACGAUGUUACUGUGAUAUAAUUCCCAAAAGCCAAGUUACUAUUGUAAGAAAAAAAAUUGCGGAAUUAAAUAACCUCAAAACAGAAAGUGUUCCAAAAGAAGAUCUUAAAGAAAACAUUUCCAAAGAAAGUUUUCAAGAAGCUAAUUCUAAAGAAAACGAUUCCAAAGACUUUAGAGUUAAUGAAUACAAUAUACAGAUGAUUUCUAAGAACAUAUAUGACCAGUUAUUUAAGGAUCCUAGUACUAAAGUUGAUUCUAAUAUCAUUAAAAGUUGCCAAGAAAGUCUAAUAAGACAUGGAAUAGAUUACAAACAGAACCCUUACGUGCCUGACGUAGAGCUCAAAUUACCAGAGCUCCAGGGCAAGGAUGUUGUAGAGCACUUUUACAACAUCGGUGAGCAGCAGUCUGGGCCUUACAGAGAGCUGUUGAAGACUCUGGCCUGCGCCAACAUACCACAGCCACCUAAGGAAUGGUCGAAAACCUACGGGUGGUGCAGGUACACCAGCGACGGCGCGGAGCAAGUGCCCUGCCCGCCUGACGACGCGCUUAUAUUCGACGUGGAGGUCUUGAUGUCGGCCGGGAAGAGGCCUACUUUGGCCUGCGCAGUGUCACCUGACGCUUGGUACGGAUGGGUGAGCCAUCCCCUAGCCAACGGCGAACCCCACCAAUCCUUCGACCACGUGAACUACGAAGACCUCAUACCAUUAGAGACCGACGGAGACCAGCCUUUUGGAGACCUCGAGAGACCUAGAGUAGUGGUUGGUCAUAAUGUGUCGUAUGAUCGGAGUAAAAUAAAGGAGCAAUACUGGCUGGAACAGACAGGAGUGAGAUUCAUGGACACCAUGUCCAUGCAUACGUGCGUCAGUGGGGUGACCAGCUAUCAGCGGACAGUCCUGAAAUCUAAAACCAAGGAACCGGACCCUACAGAUGACUAUUGGAUGGAAAUGAGCUCUCUCAAUAGUCUGACAGAAGUACACAAACUGUACUGCGGCGUGCCAGUAGACAAGGCCACCCGCGACACAUUCGUGGGCGGCACCAUGCAGGACGUGCACGACAACUUCCAGAUGUUAAUGUCCUAUUGCGCCCACGACGUGAUCGCAACGCACAACGUGCUGGGACAACUGUUGCCGUUGUUCUUGGAACGGUUCCCGCACCCUGUUACUAUGGCCGGCAUGCUCGAGUUAGGGUCAGCGUAUCUACCCGUCAACUCCAACUGGCUCCAAUACAUAGACUCAUCAGAAACGAUAUUCGAAGAUUUAAAAUUAGAAUCAAAACAAAUAUUAUCCCAAAAAGCCGACGAAGCGUGCAAAUUAAUGGAAAACGACGCUUACAAAAAAGACCUUUGGACGUGGGACCAGGAUUGGUCUACUCAAACUUUGAAGUUAAAGAAAACCAUCCCUAAAAAGAAAAAUGAAGUUCCAGAACUGGCCAUAAAAUUUGAAAAUCGAACGGCGAAUAAAGAACUCGAUGUUUUAUGCGACGAAUACAUCGAAGCUAUAGAAUCAAAUUCUUACCGGCCAGAUACUUUUGAAGGGGUUGAGGAGUUGAGUAAAAAGUUUGCAUAUCUGUUUGAUUUGAAGCGGGCUUUGCCGGUGAAAAGGCCGUAUUUGGCGGGGUACCCGGCGUGGUAUAGGAAACUAUGUACGAAGCCGGGUAAAGAGGAUUAUUGGGAGCCUGGGGCUAACAAUAUUACCACUAGUAUGCAGAUAACACCUAAACUUCUCCGCCUAUCCUGGGAAGGUUACCCCCUCCACUACAUAAUGGGCGAAGGGUGGGGGUUCUUAGUGCCCUUCAGAAGACAAAACAACAGUGAAGACCAGCCAAGACUGCCCUUGGAGGAGUUGUUGGAGAAAUGUCCUGUGGCGGAGUGUAAGGAGGGCGGAGAGGAGGAUUGCUACGUUUUGUCGAAGACUGUUGAGGAGGACCUGGGCAGACGAGCGUACUUUGCCAGGAAGAAAUUAGACGAGCAGGCCGCUGCCAACCAGUACCACGGCUUAGGCGUGUGGUGCGGGAUACAACUACAAGGAUGUUGCCACUUCCUAAGGCUGCCUCACAAAGACGGCCCCAAGUACAAAGUGGGGAAUCCUUUAGCGCGCGACUUUCUGGACAUGUUCAGUCAAAACGUUCUAUCCGCACAGGGGAAUGACGCUGAGAAAGUACUCUCCUUCGGCCGUAUGAUGUCCUACUGGCGCAACAACCGCGAGCGGAUCAUGGGGCAGCAAGUAGUGUGGCUGCCCGCAACAGCGCUGCCGCAACAUUUGCGCGGCGUGCGGCAGUACGGCGCCAUCUUGCCGCAGGUUGUCGCAUGCGGCACGCUCACUAGGAGGGCUAGUGAACCGACCUGGAUGACAGCCAGCAACGCGCAGAAGGACCGAAUCGGUUCAGAACUACGGGCUAUGGUCCAAGCGCCUCCUGGAUAUAAUUUCGUUGGCGCUGAUGUCGAUUCGCAGGAGCUGUGGAUAGCAGCGUUGCUCGGUGACUCGAAAUUUUCAUCAUGUGGUGGAACAGCAUUGGGGUGGGCAGUUCUGGCUGGUGACAAGGCCCGCAAGACAGAUGUGCACUCGCUUACCGCUCGUGCAGCUGACAUAUCGCGCUCGCACGCUAAAGUUAUCAACUACGCUAGGAUAUACGGGGCUGGCCAAACUUUCGCCGAGCGACUUCUAAAGCAGUUCAACCCUACCAUGACCAUGUCCGAAGCCAAAAGCAAAGCCGCCAAAAUGUACGCCACCACCAAAGGGAGGAGGGUGUAUGUGCUGAAGAAAAAAUACAUGGAGGGGAUGAUCGAUGAGGAUUUAGACGGACAGGUUGUAGAAAUGUCCGGAUACCAGGCGAUCAGGCUGGCCAAAAUGAGCGGCAAGAAAGUUGAAGAGAUGUUCGAGCGACCGCGCUGGGUCGGCGGCACCGAAUCUGAAAUGUUCAACAAACUGGAAGAAAUCGCUGACUCCGAAGCGCCAUCAACAGCAUUCCUCUCCGGGCGACUGUCCCGCGCGCUAGAACACGCGCACGGGCGCUGGGCCGGCACCCGGCUCAACUGGGCCGUGCAGUCGGCCGCGGCGGACUACCUGCACCUCAUGCUGGCCAGCAUGCGCCGACAGGCGCCCACAGCCAGGUUCUGCCUUAGCUUUCACGAUGAAGUCCGCUAUUUGGUACCAGAGGAACAGAAAUAUGAGACAGCGCUGGCGUUGCAGAUUACCAACCUGCUUACAAGAGCAUUUUGCUCUCAACGAGUCGGCAUAAACGACCUCCCGCUCUCCGUAGCUUUCUUCACCUCAGUCGAAGUGGACCAGGUGCUACGUAAAGAGGCGGACUUAUGCUGCACAACCCCCUCCAACCCGCACGGCUUAGAGAAAGGCUACGGGAUACCUAGUGGGGAAUCGUUGAAUAUAUACCAAGUGAUUGAUAGAUGUAAGAAAUAA